AUGACAUGGGAUCAAUUUAAGACUGAAAUGCUAGAGAAAUAUUUUUCCCAAGCUCUCCAUAACUACAAGGAAGCCAAGUUUUUGCAGUUGAUUCAAGGGGAUAUGGACAUUAUUGAAUAUGAGAGAAAGUUUGAACAACUAUCUUGGUAUGCACCACAUCUGGCUAGCACCGAGCAAAUGAAGGCUAGGCGAUAUGAACGGGGUCUACACCCUGAAAUCAGGCAGAUUGUGAGUUUUCAUGAGCUGACUACAUUCAGAGAAGUCGUGAAGAAGGCCCAGACUAUGACAUGUACUAGUGCCAAGCAUAAAAUUCAGAGUCAAUGGCAUAAACUCGAAAAGAGGAAGUGGGUUGAUCAGAAUAGGGACAAAAAAUCAAGUUCACACAAGAAGCCUAAAAAUAGAUUAAAUCCUAGUCAGGCUGGUAACACGACAAAUCCCCGACUUAAGUGUAAGAAGAACCAUAGGGGAGAAUGUUUUGUAGGGAAAGGUGUAUGCUAUAGAUGUGGUCAGCCAGGCCACUAUGCUCAAAGAUGCCGGACAUUGCUAAGUAAGGAGGAUGGUCAGAUAAAGAAAGGAAAGGCUCGGGUCUUCUCCAUGACCUAUGUUGAUGCUUCUCAAGAUUCGGACGUAAUCGCAGGUAUCCUAUCUGUCUCUGGCAACCUUGUGUAUGUUCUUAUUGAUUCUGGUGCAACGCAUUCAUCUAUAUCUACUACGUGCUCAGCUAGAAUUGGUGUGGUAUGUGAAAAAGAUGAUGGUAUACUAGAAAUUAGUAUACCGUCAAGAGGAAUCAUAGAUAUUGAUAAGAUAGCUAAAGCAAUAGAGAUAGAUUUUGAUGGGUUAAUCUUAAACGUGGAUCUGCAUGUAAUCGAGAUGAAGGAUUUCGACAUCAUUUUGGGCAUGGAUUGGUUAGGCAGCAAUCGAGUAACCAUAAAUUGUUUUGAGAAAGAUGUAGUGCUUCAAAGAACUGGUGAAAAAGAAUUUAGAUUUUAUGGAUCCAAGAUUAAAGUACAUCCUCACCUAAUCUCAGCGAUGCAAGCUGAGAAAUUGCUAAAGAAGGGAUCCUGCCAAGGAUAUUUAGUUAACCUUACUGACACAUUAGAAGGAGAGACAACUAUGGAUAACAAGCCAAUAGUAAGAGAGUAUCCGGAUGUAUUUCCCGAUGACCUACCAGGUAUUCCACCUGAUAGGCAAGUAGAAUUUACAAUUGAUUUGAUCCUUGUAGCCGCGCUAAAAGCACUAAGUAGUAAAGGUUUUAUAAGGCCAAGUGUGUCCCCAUGGGGAGCUCUAAUACUAUUGAUUAAAAAGAAAGAUGAGUCAAUACUGAUAUGCAUAGAUUAUAGGGAGUUGAAUAAAUUAACUAUUAAGAAAAAUCAUCCACUCCCACGAAUUAAAGAUUUAUUUGAUCAAUUGAAGGGAGCUACGGUGUUUUCAAAAAUCAACUUUAGAUCGGGCUACCAUCAGUUAAAGAUUAAACAGAGUUAUGUAGUGACCGUCCAUGGAAUAAAAGUAAACUUAGCUAAGGUCGAUGUUGUGAAUAACUGGUCGGCACCUACUAAUGUAGAUGAAGUGAGGAAUUUUCUAGGUUUAGCUGUGCCUUUAAUACAAUUGACCCGGAAAGGAGUUAUGGUCAUUUGGUCAAAAAGGUGUGAGAAAAGCUUUCAAGAGUUAAAGGAUAGACUAGUUUCUGCCCUAGUAUUGACUAUAUCUGAAGGUUCAGGUGGAUCUGUUAUUUAUAGUGAUGCAUCCAAGCUGGGAUUGGGGUGUGUUUUAAUGCAUAAUGGAAAAGUGAUAGCAUAUGCAUCAAGACAACUGAAGUAA